UUAUACGUUUGAAAGUAGGCUUAUGAUUUGUUGACCGGAUAUCACGCGUCUUUUUUUUGUUAAAUUUAAUUAAUUCAAUUGAAUUAAUUAGUAUAUCUUUAUUAAAUAUGUCUAAUACUAAAAGUAUUCCUAAGGAUGGUCAGGUAAUGACUGCCAUACUAAAAGAUAUGGGAAUUAUCGAGUAUGAACCGAGAGUAAUCAAUCAAAUGCUGGAGUUUACUUACCGGUAUGUCACUAAUGUAUUAGAAGAUGCUAGAUUAUUUUCCUCUCAUGCCAAAAAGAGAGGAUUAGAUGGAGAUGAUGUUCGUUUAGCAAUACAGUUACAGAUGGACAAGUCGUUCACUACACCACCACCAAGAGAGUUACUGUUAGAAAUUGCCAGACAGAAAAACAGCAUAGCUUUACCAUUUAUCAAAGCUAAUGCUGGACCCCGUCUGCCUCCAGAUCGUUAUAGUUUAACUGCAUGCAACUAUCACUUGAAACCUGCCAAGAAACCGAGAUUACAAGGUGUUCCUACUCGUUUGAACUUGACGUCGAUUCCAAAAGUUAUGCCAGCGGUAAGUCUUGGGAGCAAAACCGGUGCCACAUUUAGUGUCGUCACGAAAACUGUUACUUCUCCCACGGUUACUAUAGUUUCUCGACAGGCUGUCACUCCGGGAAUUGCAAAACCUGUACCUACACCGAUCUUGAAGAUAGCAGAAGCAAAUAAUAAUGUGCCUGCUCCUUCGUCGUCGUCGUCAUCAUCAUAAAACUGUUAAUAUAUUUUGUAAAUAUCAAAUAUUUACUUACAUUGCAAUAAUAUAUUUGUUGUUAUUAUUUGUUAACCUAUGUAAUUUUGAAUUUUUUUUUAACUUUAUUAUAAAUGCUAUUUCUU